AUGUACAACUUGCUUGGACAUGUGGCACUGGCGUUUGGGCCGGGAGUUCAUGUCGUAUCUUUGUUGUUGUUGGUGCUGUCGUUGAUCGACGAAAGCGGUGAUGAUGCUUUUGGUGAUGGUGAGGUGGAGGAUACGGACGAGAAAGAGGACUCGGAUGAGCCUGAUGAGGAGGAAAUUUCGGAUGCGAGCCAUGUCACGGAUACAUUGAUCAUCUGGCCCAUGUCUAGUCGCACGGCGUCGUCGCAGCAGCUUGUGCCGUUUACGCUGCAGCACCAGAAGCCGCGGCCUUAG